CACUUUAUGCGAUUCUGCUGAUAGGAAAGGUUACGCUAGAGGAGAAAAGGAUAUUGAAUUAAAAUAGUUCUCUCCUCUACAAUAGAAACACUUAUUUAACACUGCGAAAUUCUAUUUAGAUCAAUUCUCAAUAAUGCAGAAAGUACCUUUGAAACAAGUUGUUCUCUUAGGCUCUACCUCACUUGUAAUUCUUUUGCAUAUUUUGUCUUUGGCUUUACCAUACUGGACCAAGACCCCAUAUUUAUAUAGUGGUCUCUUUAGAGUUUGUACUACCGUAAGCUCAGUCUCUGUGUGUGGGGAUGUUGAAUACAAGAAAGACGCAAUUAGAGCAGUUAUAGCCUUUAUGUUUAUUGGUCUGAUAGUCUUGAUAGCAGUUUUGGGUCUGAUCAUCGCAUUUUUAACUCUUUUGUCGAGUCAAUCAGAGCAAAGAAAGAAGAUAGGCCUUGCCAUUUCCUAUGGCGUAGCAGCCAUAUGCACAAUGAUAGCUUUUGCUAUUUAUGCUGGACAGCUUUCUGGAAAAAAUCUUCAUGCAAGCUUUGGUUUGUGCGUAACGAAUUUCAUUCUGCUUCUGGGUCUAAGUGGAGUGUCACUUGUAGAAUUUUAAACAAAGUAAAGUUAGCAGAAAGAAAGACGAAAAACUACAAGGUCAUAUUUUUUUUGUGGACGAAGCAGAAAAACUUAUUCUUAGUUUUCACUCUUUAUCUUCAUUCUCUCUCUUACUCUACCUUUUCUCAGAAAUCGACCUUAGCUUUCUUGUCCGUCGUUAACGAUUGAAAAAGAAACAUCACUUCAAUAGAUUAUUGACAGGAAAUAAAGAAAAACAGGAAAUUAAGACAAAGAAAGUGAUUCACUGAGAAAUAUUUGUUUUUUUUUUGAGAAAUAUAGAUUAAAGCAGUUAAAACUAA